GGUGCGGCCGCCACACGCCGCCGGAGCUCGGACCGGGCGCCAGUUCCCUCGUCGUCGUGCCUCGCCGCGGCCGCCCAGCCCGGAGCCGGCGGGAGGAGCCCCGUGCUCGCCAUGUCGGUCGCGCUCGGCAACAGGUUCCAAGGAGGGAAGGCGUUCGGCUUGCUCAAAGCCCGGCAGGAGAGGAGGCUGGCCGAGAUCAACCGGGAGUUUCUGUGUGACCAGAAGUACAGUGAUGAAGAGAACCUGGUGGAAAAGCUCGCGGCCUUCAAAGAGAAGUACAUGGAGUUUGACCUGAACAAUGAGGGCGAGAUUGACCUGAUGUCUUUAAAGAGGAUGAUGGAGAAGCUCGGGGUCCCCAAGACCCACCUGGAGAUGAAAAAGAUGAUCUCAGAGGUGACAGGUGGGGUCAGCGACACCAUCUCCUACCGUGACUUCGUGAACAUGAUGUUGGGGAAGCGGUCGGCUGUGCUCAAGCUAGUCAUGAUGUUUGAAGGAAAAGCCAACGAGAGCAGCCCCAAGCCAGUUGGUCCCCCUCCAGAGAGAGACAUUGCCAGCCUGCCCUGACGACCCCCAUCUGGACCUGCCCCCUUCCUCCCCCCUAAUCUUGCUGCCCUUCUUGAGUCAUUGUGAUUUGUCUUCUUCGUUUUGUUUGGUCUUUGUGCGUUUGUUUAUUUUUUUCUAAUCAGCAGAACCGGUGAUCACUUUGUAAAGCA